AUGGCUGAUCUUAUUGAGAAACUCUCUGCAGCCAGGUGGAAUGAUCGCAUAGAAGCUCUGGAGAGAAUUGAUUCCAGACUACGGAAUAGUGUUUGUACACAAAUGGAAGCAUCGGACCUAGUAAAUGCUGUUACCAAUACCAUGGCGUCGGACAAACACCCUAAAGUUAUAAUGACGGCUGCGAAUAUGAUUGCACGUUCUGCUACUGCGAUGAAACGAGAUUUCGCACCAUUUUCCAAACAGACCUUGAAUGCAUGUCUUGUAGGAUUUCGCACAAAACAACCUGCAAUAUUAUCUGCUCUUCGGAAUGCGGCUGAUGCUUCGGUUGCUACUAUGUCUAUUGACACACUUACUGAGGCGGUCAUUGCAAGCCUAGGGGAGAAGUCUGCUAAUCCUACCUCCAAGGAGGAGGCAAUGGGUGUUCUAAAUCGAGCUCUUCAAGCCUCCCUAGAUUCUUCUAAUCCACCUCCUACUUCAUCUCGUCGAGCUAUCUUCAAGCACAUCCUUUCUUCCCUUGUCCCCAACUUGGAAGAUCGGACAGAUACUGUGCGAGAUGCUGCAUACAGUACCCUCGCGUCUGCUCGCCGCUUUCUCGCUGAUGAGGCUACCUAUGCUCGAAUCGCCGCGAAAGACAUUGAUGAUUCAAAAAAGGCCCGAAUCGAUCAGGCCUAUCAGAAGUUGUCAACGGUGGUUAAAAAAGUUGUCAGACCUACAAAACCUCCCCCGGCUGAGCCUCAAGAAUUAGAUGAUCUUUCAGGAAAAGCUGCUCCUUCUAAAAAACCUCCAAAUGCGACACCUUUGGUGGGUCCCUCUCAAACAAGGAAGUUGAAAACGGGCGCUAAAGGAGCCCCUCAAUCACUUCCGGUAAACUCAAAUUUCACCUCUGAGUUGCACAUGUCCGAUGAUGAGGUUAGGGAUAUGCUCUUUAAAUGGUCCAUUCCUGAGCCAAUAAUCAAUAAUCUGACAUCGACAAAUUGGAAAGAGAGGCUUGAGUCGAUCGAUCGUAUAUAUUCAGCAGUUUCCUCUGCGCCUCCAAUUGAUAACCCCGCGUUUACUCAAUCUCUUAUCAGAUUUCUCCUCCGCCCUCCUGGGUUUAAAGAGACAAAUGUUCAGGUUAAAUGUCGCUUGCUUGAGACUCUGGCAUCUCUGAUGCGAAAUUCCAAAGAAGCUUCUUUGUGCGAAUCUCUGUUUGAGCAUCUGUCGACGAGUUUUGUGGGAAUGAUAUGCACACCGAAACUGAUCGCUUCGUGCGAAGCGUGUUUCCAGGGUCUGGAACAGUGUUGUGGAUUGGCUGUGCUUGGUGAUGCUCUCCUGAGAAUAGCUUCAACUGCAAAAGUGCCCAAAUCGGCAGAGCAUACUGUCCUCUGGCUUUCGAAGGCUCUUGAACGAGCGUCCAACUUCUGUAUAAACUAUCAGCAGACUAUAAAGCGAAUCAAGGAAGGUUUUCAGAACGGCUCAGGUCAGGUUCGACAUGCCUACAUAACUCUCUCCGGUGUUAUUUUCUACUGCCUAACCCAUGGAGGCAACAGCAAUAAUUAUCCUCCAGUUGGAGCCUUCAAAGCCGAACUUGAAAACUCAGCCAAUUCGGCGAUUCUUAGACUCCUUCAAGAGGAAUUUAAGAAACGAGAAUGUGUGAUGGCAAACGCCUAUACGACACCGAGACUUGCCAACAAACGACAGCCCGUUUCUCCUCUACCAUACGAUCAGGAAACUCCCCCCAAAAAUCCCAGAAGGGUUACUACUGUGUUGUCUAGCCCUUCCGAGACACUACAGCAAUCUCUGGCUCGUGAGAAUCAGAAAUCUCCACCAAUUCGUGGAGGUGGGAGUUACACUCUUGAGAGCGAAAAUUCACCUUUCGGAUUGUCGACUACAUUUUCCGCUGUAUCGGUUCCACUCUUGACAGCGGAUUUUAAGGCCAAGAAAACUCGGCUAGCUCAGCUGUCUACGGGGACAUUGCAUCCCUCACGCAAGCGUUUGGAAUGCGACUUUCUCGACGCAGGAGUGCAUGAGAACUUACGCCGUCUGCUCUCCUUUUGGGAUUCGAAUCCUGCCAAAAUCAAAGAGAUUCUUGGGCUUUUGACUCAACUUCUUCUCCAUCCCACGCCAUCUCGUAAGAGGGCCAUGGACACUGGCCAACAUCAUCCCCUCUCGGACACUCAUGCCAAUAUCGAUUUGAUUUUCCAUUGGAUGGCUGAGUCCUGUUUUUCAACUGACAAACUGGACUUAGAUGUCGUUGCUCAGUCAAUUGACUAUCUGGAUGAAUUAAUUUCCCGGCUUGCCAACGCUAAGAUGACCCUGAUGCCUAUUGAAGUGCGUAUCUUGUUACCAAUACCACUGCUCGCCUCCCACGUGCUCGAACGAUAUUUCUGCCAAUCAAAAGAGCAUAGCAGUCGCCUGGCUAACCUCCUUCUCAAUUUCUGUCAUGUACUUCCAGCUAAUGAGGUCUAUACUACUGUUAUGGAUGCUAUCAGUACUAUCACAGAGACUAUGAUUCUCAAUGAACUCUUCGUAGUUCUGAAGCUCCUAUUCUCGCGAUUUCAGAAUCUUUUGGACCCUUCAGUUGCUGAUAUUAAGGCAAUUGCUCAGUAUGUAGGCUCUUCAGAUAGGCAGGUGAAUCGUUCUGCUCUGGAAUGUCUGAAACUCGUUCGUGGAACCUACACGAUUGAACAAAUCUCAACAAUGGCUGGAAACCUAACCGAUAGAGACAGAGCAUUUUUGGAAGAUGCGUUGAACCAAGACGUCUCAGCACAGAGCUUCCACACUCCGAUGAGACCUAAAGCAGUGCCGUAUCCUGAUAACACUCAAAAUGCCUCUUACACAAAUAAUCCAAGCAUUCUUGUGUCCAUUUCCCGCAGUCAGAUCCAAGAAGAUGGUGAGAGUUUUCUGAAGACAGCAAGACAGUGGAUUGUUGAUGUGCUUUUGCAGGACGAUAGAGCAAAGGAAUGUGAAAUGGUCACCUUCCUCAUAUCGAAACUCCUCUCAACUCCACUUCAUGAUGGAGAACCAAGUGCCCUCGAUGAUGCCUUCUUAGCUCUCUCUCAUCUCGACUUUCUACACCAUUCAACUGCUACUCGUGAUCUGCUUCUGCCACAAGCACCAGAGCUAUUUGAAUCCUUAGGCAUACAAAUGGAUCUCAUUGCGUCUGGAAGGAUUCCUCCAUUCGCUUACUCCUCCGAGCGGGCUGGUCGUUUUGUUCGAGCAACCGUCGGUCUUGUUAUCAAUAUUUUCCGAGCGGGUUUUCUGACUCGCAAUCUCACAGCAAACAGUCUCUUCUGUCUAAUUGGUGGACUUCUGCAUCUUCACAGUACUUUCAAGCGAAUUCGGAUUGGUGAAUGGGAGUCUCUGAUCCUCAAGAAUUCUCUUCUUUUCCUGCUUUUGGACAUGGAUGUUGCGCAGUCUCUGGAAGGGGACAUUUUCGACUCCCUCUCAUUUAUUCAUGAAAAACUUGUUGCUGAGAGUAUUACUACUUAUAUCCAAGUCCUCACAAGCCUCAUAAGCACUGUUUGGAAUACUAACGAGGAAUUGGAAAAAUCCCCGGUAAAUCGAUCCUGGCUACUCAAAAACAAUACCCUUCUGCAUUUGUUUGAUCUCACUGUGAAAGAGGUAGCAAAAAACAAAGAUAAAUUGAACACCACAGAAAUUGUGAGUUGUUUGGAGGGCACCUUCUCUCGUCGGCCACAGCAAUCGAAUGAUGAAGCGGGUGCCGCGUUAAUCGCUUUCGCCCUGCAACGACUCUCCGUUUGA